GAAUAACGUUCCUCUUCUCCCUUCUGCACCAACCGCAUAAUAUACGGGCGCAGGUCCGAUUCGAUUCCUCUCUCCUCGUGAUAUUCUCCUCAUUUCCUACAGCCAUAGCUUUCACACCUCGGCAAUCCCCCAUGGCGGCCCAGUCAAAACUCCCGCUGCCAUCCGAUCGAUCGCUCACCUAUCUCCUCUCACACCUCUCCUCCCUCUACGUAAAACACCGGAAAAAAAUAUCCCGGGGGGUCUACCUAACACUAUUCAUCGCGCUCGUCAAUCGUGUCCGCAAUGCCAUCAACGAACAGAAGGCAGCCGCCGCUCGGCAAGGGGACCGCCCCCGACCCGCUCCGGAGACUCCCAGCGCAAAGCGAAAGAAGGCAGAACUCAAUCGCGAGUUCUUCCAAAACCUAUUCAAGCUGUUGAAGAUUGUUAUCCCAGGUGUACGGAGCAAGGAGCUUCGGCUGCUCGUCAGUCAUACUUUCUUCCUCAUCGUGAGAACAUUGAUAAGUUUGUAUGUCGCCGAGUUGGACGGGAAGUUGGUUAGCGCUCUGGUACGGGGUAAAGGGAAGGACUUUUUGUUAGGGAUUGUCUGGUGGAUGGUGGUAGCGGUUCCCGCGACGUUUACGAAUUCGAUGCUGUCUUAUCAUCAAUGCAAACUGGCGUUGCAGUACCGGACUAGGUUGACGCAGUACAUUCAUUCAAAGUACUUGUCGCAGAUGACUUUCUACACUUUGGGAAAUUUGGACGAUCGCAUUAAGAAUGCGGAUCAACUCAUCACGGUUGAUGUAUCGAAAUUUUCGAACUCGCUGGCGGAGUUGUACUCCAACCUCGCGAAGCCGGUGCUCGAUAUGAUGAUUUAUAAUUACCAGUUGUCAAGGAACGUUGGUGGGGAGGGGCUGUUUGCUAUGGCUUUACUGGUCCAGGUUUCUGCGAACGUUAUGAGGGUGCUCACCCCGCCGUUUGGAAGAUAUGUUGCGGAUGAAGCGAGGUUAGAAGGAGAGUAUAGGUUCAGUCAUUCGAGAUUAAUAGAUAAUUCUGAGGAGAUAGCGCUGUACGGUGGGCAUGAUGCCGAGAAGACCACGCUAGAUAAAGGGUACUUCACAUUGAUCAAGCAUGUGAAUUACAUCUUGCGAAGGCGGUUAUAUCAUGGGAUGAUGGAAGACUUUGUCAUCAAAUACUUCUGGGGGGCUUUGGGACUUAUGCUUUGCUCUGUGCCGGUGUUCUUCAAGGUGCCUGGUGCCAGAGGAAAUUCGUUGGGCGACCGCACCGAAAGCUUCGUCACUAAUCGUCGCUUGCUAUUAUCUUCUUCGGAUGCCUUUGGAAGAGUUAUGUUCUCUUACAAGGAGAUUACUGAACUGGCCGGUUAUACCUCACGAGUAUCUACUCUUCUGAAUGUCAUAGAGGAUAUUCAGAACGGCCAUUUUGAAAAGAAACUUGUUUCCUCCGCAGGUACCGAGGAGAAUGCAGCUGUGCUCCGCGGACGCGGAAAAGUUACUACCGGUCCGGAUAUCGAGUUUACCGAUGUUCCUAUCGUCUCUCCCAAUGGUGAUGUCUUACUCAAGAAGCUAUCGUUCACGGUAAAGUCUGACGAGCACCUCCUCAUUGUUGGCCCCAACGGCUGUGGUAAGUCCUCGCUUUUCAGAAUCAUGGGAGGCCUAUGGCCUGUCUAUGGCGGAACCGUUCGCAAGCCACCCAGCGAGGAGAUCUUUUACAUUCCGCAGAGACCAUACCUUAGCCGUGGGACACUACGACAGCAGAUUAUCUACCCUGAUAGCAAACUUGAGCAGGUUCGCCGAGGUGUGACAGACGAGGCUUUGUACGAGAUUCUACGGGUCGUUGAGAUUGAAAACUUAGUUGAGAAAGAGGGUGGUUGGGAAGCUGAGAAGGAAUGGCGUGACGUCUGGAGCGGCGGUAUCCAGCAGCGCGUUGCCAUGGCCAGACUGUUCUAUCAUGCGCCCAAAUAUGCCAUCCUAGACGAAUGCACCUCAUCUCAAGACUUGGACACGGAGCGCAUCAUGUACGAGACCGCAAAGAGCCUAGGAAUCACUCUCAUUACCGUCAGUCACCGCAGAAGUCUGUGGAAAUAUCACACCAAUAUUCUACAGUUCGAUGGCCAAGGUGGGUACGUGUUUACCAAGCUGGAUGCGGAGAAGAGGUUAAAGCUUGAAGACGAGAAGGAAGAGAUUGAAAUCCAGCUUAGAGCUGUGCCAGAUGUUGAGAAGAGGGUCACAGAGUUGGAGGCUGUUGUUGCGGAGAGGGAUUAG